CCACUACACUGUUCGCUUCUGUUCUUCUCUCUUUAAAGCUGCGUUACCUUUUUCCCCCUCUCCACUUCUCUAAACCCUAUAAUCGAUUUGUGUGUGUGUGUGUGUCUCUCUCUCUCUCUCUCUCUCUCUCUCUCUCCUCGUCUUCGAGGAUGGCUAGGGUUUCAUCUGCGCCCUCUCCGAGCUCGUCCUCGCAGCCCCGCGAGCGCCCGUGGAGCCUCCUCUGAUGGGCGAUCGCCCGGGCUCUCUUUCGCCCGAGAGAGCCGUCGAAAGCGCCGUUCUCGCGACGUAGCCGGGUUUUCUUGAGAAUCUCGGCAUUAUAAGGUGAAAAAGGAAAAGGAGGUAAAGAGAAAGGGAACGGAGAGGGGAAGUACUUACUUGGGUGGCUUCUUGUUUUGGGCAUUUGCUUUACUUUGUGCGGCUUCUGAAUCUGUGGGAGAGUAGAGUGAGGGGACGUGAGCGAUGGCCGCGGCGGUGGCGGCACGGGGCGCGAGCGGUGGGGGGUUGGACAAGCAGGCGAUGGAUGCGGGGAAGUACGUUCGGUAUACGCCGGAGCAGGUGGAGGCGCUCGAGAGGGUUUAUGCGGAGUGCCCUAAGCCAAGCUCGAUACGGCGGCAGCAGCUGAUUCGGGAGUGCCCCAUCCUAUCCAACAUCGAGCCCAAGCAGAUCAAGGUGUGGUUCCAAAAUCGAAGGUGUCGUGAUAAGCAGAGGAAGGAGGCUUCUCGGCUUCAGGCCGUUAAUCGAAAAUUGACUGCGAUGAAUAAGCUUCUGAUGGAGGAGAACGAGCGCCUUCAGAAGCAGGUCUCCCAGCUUGUUCAUGAGAAUGCUUACAUGCGGCAACAGCUACAGAAAGCCUCAUUGGCCAACGACACAAGCUGUGAAUCAGUUGUUACCACUCCUCAGAAUUCUCUGAGACAUGCAAGUAAUCCUGCUGGACUCCCGUCCAUUGCAGAGGAGACCUUGGCAGAGUUCCUCUCAAAGGCUACGGGGACUGCUGUCGAUUGGGUCCAGUUGCCUGGGAUGAAGCCUGGUCCGGAUUCAGUUGGGAUUGUUGCUAUCUCACAUGGUUGCAAUGGGGUGGCCGCACGUGCCUGUGGUCUAGUGAAUUUAGAGCCAACAAAGAUUGUGGAGAUCUUGAAAGACCGCCCUUCUUGGUUUCGUGAUUGUAGGAGUCUGGAAGUCUUUACAAUGUUUCCAGCUGGGAAUGGGGGAACAAUUGAACUAGUAUAUAUGCAGAUGUAUGCUCCAACUACAUUAGCUCCUGCUCGUGACUUUUGGACUCUCAGAUACACAACAAGUUUGGAGGACGGGAGUCUUGUGGUCUGUGAGAGAUCGUUGAGUGGUUCAGGUGGUGGCCCUAAUGCGGCUUCUGCACACCAGUUUGUGAGAGCUGAAAUGCUUCCUAGUGGUUAUUUGAUUCGCCCAUGUGAUGGCGGGGGCUCGAUUGUCCACAUUGUUGACCAUCUAGAUCUUGAGGCAUGGAGCGUUCCUGAAGUGCUACGACCACUUUAUGAGUCAUCCAGGGUAGUGGCUCAGAAGAUGACAACUGCGGCACUUCGCUACAUCAGACAAGUUGCACUGGAAAUGAGUGGUGAAGUAGUUUAUGCCUUGGGUAGGCAGCCGGCUGUGCUGCGGACUUUUAGCCAAAGGCUGAGCAGAGGCUUUAAUGAUGCCAUCAAUGGAUUUAAUGAUGAUGGAUGGUCACUUAUGGAUAGUGAUGGUGUGGAAGACAUAGUAAUUGCUACUAACUCAACCAAGAAAAUCAGGACUGAUGCGAAUUCUGCUAAUGCUUUUUCUGUCACCGGAGGUGUUAUUUGUGCUAGGGCAUCUAUGUUGCUCCAGAGUGUGCCACCAGCAUUAUUGGUGCGAUUUUUGAGGGAACACCGGUCCGAGUGGGCUGAUUACAAUAUGGAUGCAUACUGUGCUGCUACACUUAAGGCCAGCUCAUGUUCAUUUCCUGCAUUGCGGCCAACCAGAUUUCCUGGGAGUCAGAUCAUCAUGUCACUUGGUCACACUGUGGAGAAUGAGGAGAUUCUUGAAGUUGUUCGUCUUGAAGACCAGGCUAUCACCCAAGAUGAAGCUGCUUCACCUAGAGAUGUUCAUCUGCUACAGCUUUGCUGUGGAAUAGAUGAGAAUGCAGUUGGAUCCUGCUUUCAACUUGUUUUUGCGCCAAUUGAUGAACAUUUUCCUGAUGAUGCUCCCUUGAUAUCUUCUGGCUUCCGUGUCAUACCACUGGACACAAAAGCAGAUGCUAUAACGUCCACCCGUACAUUAGAUUUAGCAUCAAGUCUUGAAGUGGGUAAUGCCACGCAACGCACCUCCACUGAGAAAUCUCCAUGUGACUACAGCCUGCGGUCGGUGCUGACGAUUGCGUUUCAGUUCCCGUAUGAAAUGCACCUCCAAGAGAGCAUUGCGGCAACGGCCCGCCAAUAUGUUCGAAGCAUUGUCUCAGCCGUGCAAAGAGUCGCGAUGGCUAUCGCUCCAUCACGGCCUGGCUCAGACGUUGGUCAGAAGCUACUUCCGGGAUCUCCUGAAGCCUCCACCCUCGCUCAUUGGAUUUGCCAGAGCUACCAUUAUCACCUGGGUCUGGAGCUGCUGAGGUGUUCUGAUGAAGCGGGGGACUCUUUGUUGAACAUGUUGUGGCAUCAUCAAGAUGCCAUUUUGUGCUGCUCAUUCAAGGUACAACCAGUCUUCAGUUUUGCAAACCAGGCUGGAUUAGACAUGUUAGAAACAUCCCUGGUUGCGCUACAAGACAUCUCUUUGGAUAAAAUUUUUGAUGAACCCGAAAGGAAAGCGCUGUACGCAGAGUUUGCAAAGUUGAUGGAACAGGGCUAUGUUUACCUUCCAGCUGGAGUUUGCUUGUCGGGAAUGGGCCGCCAUGUCUCCUACGAGCAAGCUAUUGCUUGGAAAGUUCUCAGCGAAGAUAACAACGUCCAUUGCCUCGCCUUCUGUUUCGUCAACUGGUCCUUCGUGUGAGAGCCUAUUUAUCGCACCCCAAAGCUGUUCUCGGAUAAGCGAAGCCGUUUUUGUGUGUAUGAAACAAGAAAUCCCUCGUCCCAGUGCUGAACUCGUAUUUAGUUUGAUCUUAGCUUUUGCUCGUCGGGGUUGAGAGCGACAAAACGGUGCUCAAUCCAGUUCUUGUUAGCAAUCUUGGUAGUAUGUUUUGUGAAAGCAAGAGUUAAUUUUGGAGAUGUUACUUGUCCUUCAUGAGUUGACCAUGUAUAUUAUUUAUGAAAGUUAUAUAGAACACUUGAUUCAGCAGCCCCUUUCCCUCUCGCAGGCUAAGCUAACCAGUGCUGGGAAAGUUGUUCUACACAAAGUAAUAUUAUAGAGAAGGAUUUGAUUCUUAUGUUUUCGCA